AUGGAGGACAACAACACCCGAGAUUUGAUCAAGCAACUGCAAACACAAAUCGAGGCGCAGGCGCAAACCAUACGAGAACAGGAGGAAAUUCAGCGCAAACAAACCGAAGAGCUUGCAGCGCUGAGGGCGCAGCGUCCUCCGCCGGAAAUAUCGACCUCCAACCGACAGGACGAUAAUGAAGGAAGCCAUCAUGGAGGACCGUCCGAACCUGUCAGAGGAGGAAGGAAGGGGCCCACCUCUAUGCGCCUCACCAACCUGCUUCCAUUUACGGAAGCCAUCAUGCAAGCUCAUAUGCCGGAAAAACCCCCUCCAGCGUUAGAAAGAUAUGACGGCUCAGCAGACCCCGACAAUCAUCUCCGCAACUUUAUAGACGCUAUGGCGUUCUACACGGAUAAUGACCCUGUCAUUUGCAGAGCUUUUUCGUUGUCUUUGAAGGAUGAGGCACUCGAGUGGUAUCACACUCUUCCUCAAAAUUCAGUGGAUUGUUUCGCCACAGUAGAAGCCCUCUUUCGAAAACAGUAUGCUACCAAUAGAAGACCGCAGAUGACUCCUGCUGAGCUCGUGAACACUAAGCAGGAGAAAGAUGAAACUCUAAAGGCUUUCAUGCAAAGAUACAACGAGACAACCAGAUGCGUGAAGGACGUGAACCACACGUUUAUAAUUAGCAAUCUACCCUCGUGUUUGAGGUCGGGGUAUUUCGCGGAACAGUUGUAUGCAGAUCCUCCAAAGUCUAUGGAAGAACUCCAGGCAACAAUCGCGAAAUUCAUCCGCAUUGAAGACCUCAGAAACUCUAGAAAGAAACAACAGCAUGACAGUCCUAACAAUAGUACCAAGAAAGACACGAAACGGUCGUCCAACGACUAUAAAACAGAUCGACCACCUCGAAAAGAGUCGGGGUGGACACCUAAAUAUGAUCGCAAUACAUCCCUCAACGCACCCAGGACAAAGGUGCUCGAAGAGGCAUUGCACGCUGAACUUCUUACCGUUCGGCGAAAGGCCACUCCAAAGAACGCUGAUGGUAGUAAAGCGUGUCGACUUCAUAUGAACCAUGGUCAUGAUACAGAAGAAUGUAACAUGGUGAAAGAUGAGUUGGAAAGACUCAUCCACGUGGGCUACCUCCAAAAUUACGUAAAGGAGAGGACAUCCACCAGAGUAACAACUCUCAACCGGAAGGAAAGCUCCCGGCGAAGCCCCGAACGAUCACCUCCCAAGGACGACCGGCGAAGACGGAGAUCCCGAAGCCAACCUCGACACUCGGAAAGAGAGAGGUCGGUCCGAGGGCGAAUCGACACCAUAUCCAGUGGCUUCGCAGGGGGAGGAGCGUCAGCCUCCGCCCGAAAACGACAUUUGAGACAUUUAAAGACGGUGCACAUGGUAGAUCGACAACCUCGAUCCAUACCCAACAUCACUUUUACUGAAGCAGAUUUCCACGCUCCCGACCCUGAUCACGAUGAUCCCAUGGUCAUCACGACCGAAAUAUCCUGUUACGAUGUCAACAAAGUGCUCGUCGAUCAAGGCAGUUCGGUCAAUAUCUUGUACUGGACCACCUUCAAGAAAAUGGACUUGUCCGAAGACCUGAUAGCCCCUUUCAACGAGCAUAUUUUAGGCUUCGCAGGGGAAAGAGUCGACACUCGGGGAUACCUCAACUUACGGACUCGACUCGGAACAGGCAGGGAGGCACCAGAGCUCAGAGUCAGGUUCUUACUGGUAGAGGCAAAUACCUCGUAUAAUGCUUUGCUAGGACGACCUUGCUUAAACGCUUUCAGAGCCAUUGUGUCCACCCCUCAUCUGGCCAUGAAAUUCCCCACAGAACGAGGGACCAUCUGUACCGUAAGGGCUGAUCAGCGAACGGCUCGACAGUGCUAUGUCGCCGGUUUAAAGGUCACCCCUUUCAUGCCACCUAGGAGGGCAAGAGGAGCCAAAACAGCGACGAUCGACUUGGACCCCAGAACCAAUAUAGAUGAACGUCUCCAUCCACAAGGAGAUGUCAAAACAUUCCAACUAGGAGCGGAUACGUCCAAAACCACGACCAUCGGUGGAAGCUUGGCGCUACAUGAUGAGCAUGAUCUGACGAAGAUACUAAGAGCCAACGCUGACUUAUUUGCGUGGGUGGCUGCAGAUAUGCCAGGAAUCCAUCCGGGAGUCAUGGCCCAUAAGUUGUCGAUCUUCAGGGAAGCGCGUUCGGUUGCGCAGAAGAAACGACGAUUCGGGGAAGAAAAACGAGAGGCCAUCCAGGCAGAAGCCAACAAACUGAUGAAUGCCUAG